CCAAUCUUCGUGCCCCUUACUGAGCUGCCACGUUCUCUGUCGCGUACCGUCUUGUCCUCUGCGCUCACUAUGCCGGUCGCUAUUCCAAGCCAUAGGUAUUACGAGGCGUUAGAACUCGAGCCCGAUGAUGUCGGGGAAGAGGAAAUCAGAGCUGCGUACAAGAAACUCGCUUUGAAAUGGCAUCCGGACCGCCAUACAGUCGACAAGGAGGAGGCGCAACAAAAGUUCAUCGAGGUCAACGAGGCCUAUACCGUCUUGCUGGAGUACUAUCAGCAUAGGAGACGAGGUAGCCCUCACCCUGAGAAGCGUCACCGUCGGGAGCAUUCCCGUUCAGCGCCGGACGCAAGCGCUUCUCCCCGUGAACACAGAAGCGAGGAUGCCCAGUCCUCGCACUCACGAACCCACAACGAAUCUGACGCUCAUUCAACACGGUCAAGCUCACACACUGCCUUCACAACACCUCCGUCUUCGCCGAAGAGCUCGACACGGAACAAGUUACACAAGGAUAGGCCGCAUCGAGACGAAGCAAGUGACGCUGACCGACACUCUACUUCAUCGCGGUCGGAUCUACGUGACGACUCGCGAAGCGGAAGGCAUUCUCAUAGCAAGGAGAGGAGUGAUGCGCACUCCUCACCCUCUACUCCAGAGGACGCAAAUCAUGCCCAUACCGAGCGCCGUCCAAGAGAUGAAGGGCGCAGGCAGCACUCAUCACGAUCGAAAGACAAUCUUCGCGCGCAAUCUCCGGGUAGUCACAACAAGGACGCCCACUCUCCUCACUCUCCAACUCAUCCCCAGCACACCGCAGAAGCCUACUUCACCUGGCCUCGCAAGCGUCAAACCCGCCAACGUUCAGAUGACAGCACCACGUCACAAAGAAGGCCAGGCUUCUUCCCCAAACGGUCCAAGCUCGACACGGACCCGCCCUUGGACGAUACAAUAUCCAGCACAGGCACGUCCGCGGACGUGAUCGACUACGACUUCAUCAACCUCGGCACGCCGAUCCCGCCGCUGCGCUCGCCGCACCACCCCGCCGCGCACCCGCGGCGGGCCAAGGACUGGACGUUCCCGCUGCACCUCACGCUCGACGACCUCUACCACGCACGCGCGCACCACUACCGCAUCACGCGCACGCUGCGCAGCGGCGCGACCGAGUCCGUCAAGAUCCCGAUCCCCGUCGACCCCGCCUGGCGCACGGGCACGCGCGUGAUCGUCCCGGGGAUGGGCAACGAGUGCGCGGACGGGUCCUUCCAGGACAUCGUCUUCGUCGUCGAGCAGGAGCACCACCCGCGCUUCGCGCGCCAGGGCGACGACCUCGUCGCCGCGGUGCAGGUCCCCUGGGAGGAGCACCCGCCCGGCGCGGGCGACGCGGACCACGCGUACGUGCUCGGGAUGGACGGCGAGGAGUUCGCGCUGCGCAUCCCGCGAACGCUGGCGGAGGGCGCGGACGGCACGCGGAUCGUCGGCGCGGGGAUGCCCGUCAUCAAGGGCGGGCGGAUGGUCGGGAAGGGCGACCUGCUCGUCCGGUGGGAGUUCGUCUUCAAUGAGGGAGAGCACGCGCAGCCGUCGCGGUGGCAGAAUCUGCGGAAGGCGAUGGGGUGGCGGGCGUGACGCGAGCUUGCGGGAAGUGUACAGUAUGACGGCCCGCGGGAUGGACCGCCCAUUUUAUGACUCUUAUGACUUCACGGUAGCUAGGUAUCAUUCAUCGUCGUCUUGCAUACGAACUUGGGACUUCAUUCGCACACAUCGGCAUUCGCGCUCUUAUGUUGGCAUAUUGUAUCAAGUAGUCUUUUCCAAUGAUAUCUGCAGCUGCAGUCAG